AAAGGAUCAGGAAGUGACAUGUUUAGAACUCCUGUUGACUGUUUCUAUGGUAACAGUAUUCUGGAUGGAGGAAGAAUUCCGAGAUUCUGAGUAGCUCAAGAUGCUGGAACCUAGGACUUUCCGUGACACCAGAAGCAUCACCCAGAGAGAUGAUCUCCUAAGGAUCGCAGAGACUGAAGUCAAACGUCAGCAGAGUCUCAGAUUCUUGUAUGAAUGGAAAGAGGACUCCCGAAGAGUCAUUAACACCCGUAUCCAGCAACAUCACAACGCCCAAAAGAAAAGGGAGAUCCAGAUGGCAAAUAAAGAACUCAUAAUAAUGCGCAGGGCGGCACUGCGAUGUCUGCUUGAAGAAGAAUACCUGCAGUACCAGGAGGAGCUGAGACGUAUGGGGAAGACCUUCCAUGUGCAGAGGCUGUGACGCCCCCACUGCUCGUCUCCUCCAGGCAGCUUCAUCUUUGCCUCUUUUACCAAUAAAAUUUGAUGGGAUUUUAU